AUGACAUACAAAGGCCGACCCAUUCGCAUUGCAGGUGCCUCUGGCUCUGCCUCCGACCGGCGUCAUGCUAUCGCUGACUUUGCGCGUCACCAUCCGACCGAUCCUAUCGAUGUCAUCAUUGCUGAUUUCAUGAGCGAGUUUAACAUGGCCACUGCCGCGGGUCGGCGUGUGGACCAGGCGACCUCCAAAGAACCAACUGCUCCAGCCUACGACCUCUCCUUCCUAGAAGCACUUGAGCCAGCUCUGGAUGAUUUGGCCAAGUAUGGAAUCAAGCUCGCAGUCAAUGCUGGAGUGACUGACACAAAGGGUCUCUACGAGGUGGUGAGGCGUAUGGUUGAGGCAAAGAAGUUGGAUUUGAAGGUUGCAUGGGUUGCCGGGGAUGAAGUGCUAUCCACCGUCCAAGAGGGAUUGACAUCCGGAUCUGAAUUUCGCAACGUCUACACAGGCGAGCGAUUAGCAGAUUGGCCAUUCGAGCCCAUCUAUGCCCAGUGCUAUCUCGGUGGCCUCGGUAUCGCGGCUGCGCUCGCAGACGGUGCGGACAUUGUAUUGUGUGGGCGGGUCUCGGAUGCUUCACCUGUCAUCGGGGCUGCUUACUGGUACCAUGGCUGGCAGCGAGAUGAGCUUGACAAACUGGCGAAUGCGUUUGUGGCAGGCCAUCUAAUCGAGUGCAGUAGCUAUGUUUGCGGGGGCAAUUUCACAGGCUUCAAAGCCCUAGAGCACGCAGAUGGAGAUGGCUGGACUAAUAUCGGAUAUCCCAUCGCCGAGAUAUCUGCCGAAGGCGACGUCGUGAUCACCAAGCAGGCCCAUUCCACCGGUGGUGCGGUAACUGUUGAUACUUGCACGUCCCAACUGCUCUAUGAAAUACAAGGGCCUUGGUACUACAACUCCGAUGUCACUGCGGUCCUCGAUGGGAUACACUUCUCGCAGCGCGGCGUCAAUCGUGUCGCUGUUCAUGGUGUUCGAUCCGGGCCUCCUCCGCCCACCACCAAGGUUGGUAUCACCGCGCGAGGUGGGUUCCAGGUAGAGGCAUGGUGGUUCUUGACCGGUCUGGAUAUCGAGGCCAAAGCUCGCAUGCUGGAGGCACAAGUCCGCCAAUUGUUGUCACCCUAUUCGGACAAAUAUACAGCGCUCAAUUUCGAUUUACUGGGCUCUUCCCUCUCUGACCCGCCCGACCAGAACCGCGCUACCGUGCCACUGCGCAUCGUCGUACAGGCACGACAUGCAGAAGACCUUGCACCGACACGGUUCCUCAAACCCAUCACCGAUAACAUCAUGCAGGGAUACCCUGGCGCUACUUUUCACUUGGAUAUGCGCCAGGGAUUCCCACGUGCCAUCUUCGAGUAUUAUGUCACUUUGCUGCCCCAAUCUGCAGUCCAGCACCGCGUCCAUAUGCCCUGGAAACCGACAGCAUCCACACAGACUCUCGAUAUCUCGCCUCCGGUAAACACCAGGACCUAUCCAUCACGCCAGCCCUCGCAGCCCGUCACCCACACUGACAGGCCUGUUGACCUUGCCCGCGACUUUGGGCCGACAACUCGUGGCCCGCUAGGCUGGAUCGUUCAUGCACGCUCUGGGGACAAGGGUGCUGACGCUAACUGCGGCUUCUGGGUCCGUCACCGUGACGAGUAUCAAUGGCUGCGGGCGUUGCUGUCUGUUAAAAAGGCGCAAGAGCUUCUGGGAGAGUCCGCUCGGGAGAAUACGAAAUUGGCGAUUGAGCGCUUUGAGUUGCCUAGCCUUCAUGCGGUGCACUUCCUGUUUCGCAAUCUACUGGACCGGGGCGUCGGUGUGACCACCACGGUCGAUUUCCUUGGGAAGAAUGUGGCGGAAUAUCUGCGGGCGCGCCAUGUUGAUCUCCCUGUGCGAUUCUUGAACCGUGGGAAGCUGUAG